GUAUGGAUAAGUAUAUCCGUUUGACACAAAAUAUGGUGAUUGACCAGGUAGAGGAAUGCAAUGACUCUUUAACAAGCUACUUAGAAAAAAACAAUAUCAUUAAAGCGUUGUCUAUAUUUAGAAGAGUUUUGGAGUUCAUGCAAGUAUUUGGGGAAACAUUAGUUGAAGUUAAAAGUAUUUUUUCAAUAAUAGAAUGUAAUUUACGUAAUAAGUUUAUUAACUUAUGCUCAACGUUUUCUGACAUUUCAAGUAAUCGCGAUACUGAAUAUACAAUAAAUAGCUUCCAAAAUAUAAAUAGUUUUAUUGAACUAAAGACAUGUAUUGAAACGUUGAACCAUUCAAAUAUAUCUACCUUUACAAAUUUAAAUAAAUUGAUUGACAAUAUUUUAGUUGGAUUGGGUAAAUCGUAUGAAAACAUUGUUAAUUUUUUUCUUGAUUAUCAAACAAAAUUUCAUAGCUCCCUAGAGGAGCUCAAUGUUACAAAAAUAAAUGAAUCAAUGGUUGUUUGUCAAAAAUGGAACUCAUUUUUAAUUUGUGUGAUACGUCAUUCCCGAAUAAAUACAGAAAAUUCCAUUGUCAAAAAAAACUUGUCAAAUAUUGAGACCUGCGUUCCAUACAAUGAAAUGAGGGAAAAUCUAUCAACAAAACUUAGAAAUUACAAACUUCAAAUAAUAAAUAUUGAGCUUCACAAAGCUAAUAACAACGAAAGAGAACUUUUUUAUCAAGAGUUUGUUAAACAUUUAUUAUUUUUGUUUCAUUCAAAGGAACUGAAAAAUCAUAUAAACGAUAAUUUAUUUGAUCCAAAUUCAUAUGAAAACGAAGUGUUUCCUUUUUUAAAGACUUACUUUAAUAAACUAUCUAACUCUACUAAAAAUAUCUUUUGUGAAGAUAACUCUGAUAUAACGUUGCAAGAAUUUGAUUUGUUUCGACAUAACUUAGAAAAUAUUAAAAUGUUUGAUAGGCACUCAAAAUCCGUAGGGAUAAAUUUUAACUUGUCAACAAUAAUGCAAGAAAAUACAGAAAAGCUGGACAGAACAAUAAACUAUCUUUUCAAAAUGGUUGAAAGAUCUGAAUGUGAUGUCAAUGAAAAAGUAAAGUGGUUAAUAAAAAUUAAAACCUUUGCUAAUAACUUACCUGAAUAUACGGAAAGCAUAAAUGAAAAAUUAGAUCACAUUUUUAAAAUAUACAAAAAUCAGUAUGGAAAAAGAAUGGAGAUGGCAGAGCUGAGUAUUGCUUUGCAACAAGAUCCUAGUGGAGUUGGCUUCAAUAUUAUUUCGGAGCACUCGGUCUUUAAAGGACAAGUCAUAUCAAUUUUUAAUCAGAAUACCAGGUAUCAUGGAAUAGAUUAUGUCUUAAAUAAUCUUGAAGGUGACGAUAUAAAUAAAGAAAGCACACAAAGACUUAGAGAUAUAUUUGAAUUAUAUAUAAAUAAUUAUAAGCAAACUAUUACAAAAUAUAUCAUUCAAAUAAGUGAAAAAAAUGUGCUGAAUGAGUUUGUAUUGUUAAUAAAGCAUAAUGGAGACAAAAUGGCUGAAAAUGUGUUGCAAAAAAAAAUAUGGGACGAGCACGAUAGAAAAAAUAUGAGCAUACUUGUUGCAAGAAUAUUUGCGUUGUGGACAUUACAAAAUGCUGAAUACUAUAAUGAAAUGGAGGGCAUUGAAAAUCAGGAUUCUUAUUUGCUUACACCUCACCCAAGUCAGGUUAUAUCUGUAUUUCGCAUUUUAGGAAUAGGCUACUUUGAACCAAAGCAGGGCAAAAGCUUUACAGAUAAUUUAAAAAACAUAAACGAAAAUAAAAAUGUCAGCAACAACAAGCUUCAGAAUAAUAUGGUGCAAAUAGGAACAGGUGAAGGAAAGUCAUUAGUUUUGGCCGUUGUAUCGUGUGUUCUAAGUCUUAUUGGUUUUGAUGUCAGUUGCGCUUGUUACAGCGAGUACCUAAGCUCACGUGACUACAAGUCAUUUCUUCCCUUAUUCAGCUCUCUAGGUUUGACUAGUCAUAUUCACUAUGCCACUUUCAACACCAUAUGCGAAGAUAAUAUCAAUCAGAACUGUAACAUUCGUAAUUGCGUUGCUGACAUAGUCUCUAAACGAACAGAAACUGUUGUGUCUCACAGAAAGCUAACUAGACCCAUGAUUUUGUUAAUUGACGAAGUAGAUGUGUUCUUUAACAAAGAUUUUUAUGGCAACUUAUAUACACCGUUGGCACGAAUCAAAAAUUCAUGUAUAACUGACCUUACCAAGUACAUAUGGUCUCAUAGAAAAGAAAAUCUAACCCUAAAACAUAUGAAAUCAACAUCAGAGUAUCAAGCAUGUUGUUUAUAUUUAAAAGAGUGGGCUUUUCUACUCACUGAGGCUGUAAAGGAUAUGCUAGCUGAUGUAAAGGAAUUUAAGCAUGACUAUAUUGUUAAAAAUGAUAAACUGGCUUACAAAGAGCAAGAUGGCGUAUCUUUUGAUAUAGUUUAUGGUUACAAAACAUUAUUUGCCUACUUUUUGAGCAGGAUGAAGGCCGAAUCAGUACUGAAAGUCUUAACGAAGUAAUCAGUGUUGGAAUAAGGUGUGGUAGCUUUUCUUUUGCUGAAAUACCUUACAAUUUUCAUUAUAUAAUGGGAGUUAGUGGCACUCUAAAGACAUUAUCUACAUCAGAAAGAAAAAUUAUUGAAAGUUAUGAAAUUAAAAAGUUUACUUAUAUUCCUUCUAUUUUUGGAGAGAACAAACGUCGCUUUGCCAAAGAAGCAGAUGUAUUUAUAGAAAAUAAUUAUAAUUAUUUUGCAAAGCUCAACGAACACAUUGAAUACUCUUCUGUGACUCAAAAAGAAUUCCGACGCCCUGUUUUAGUAUUCUUUAAUACAAAAGCAUCUCUUUUAGAGUUUUAUAAUUCAAAUAAAUUAACUUUAAAUAAAGAAAAUAUACAAAUUAUAACAGAAGAGGUCUCUAAAUCACCUAAAGAAAAAGAGAUGUUAAUCAAACGAGCAACCAUUUCCGGACAAAUUACUUUUUUAACCCGUGCUUUUGGACGAGGCACAGAUUUUGUUUGCAAUGAUAGAAACGUGGUUACCAAUGGCGGUGUUCAUGUUGUUCAAACUUUUUUUUCAGAAGAGUUAAGCGAAGAAGUUCAAAUUCAAGGCCGAACAGCUCGUCAAGAAAUUAACUGAAGUUCUGAUAUGUUAUAAAAUUGUAAAACAAUAAUGAUUUUAAGAUCUAAGAAGGUCGUGAGAUUUAAGGAGAAAGUUGUGAAUUACCCAAUUUUUGCUUGCCAACCCACAAGCAAGUAGGCAAAGUAUACUUGUCUGAUAAGAAUUAUGAAACUGAAUCACUACGGUCUAUUUGUAAGAGACUAGCAGAGAAACUUUCUCAGAUAUGGAUUAAAGCAUCAGUUCCUACUAUAAGUCUUCGAGGCAUAGAAUUACAGCUAGAGAAGUACAUAGGCGAUGUUCAGAAAGUGAUUCGAUCAAAGUCUGCAACAGUCAAACAAGAUGAAAUAGAAAAAGAUCUUGAGAAAUUGUUUGACAUUUGUUCGUGUAAAUGCAAAGAACUUUCGUCUUGUUGCUGUCCAAUGGUUCUAAAGGUGCCGGCAAUUUAGCAUGACUUCCUAACUGAUCAACGCACUAUACGUGUUGGCAGAAUAGCUGGAAUCGACAAGAAGGAAUCCGCACGUGCUGAGAGGCGUUUAAAACGAAAAUCUGUUUCAUUAUCAAAGGAAGAGACUGCAGUUAAGUGUGCCAGAGUUGUUGAAGCAUCUGAUAAUGAAUCAGAUAAUGAAACAGACAACAAAUCUGACACCGAAACUUAUUCCCCUUCCGAAUCAGAUGUCGAUACCGAAGUCACAUCUACUCGUCUGAAAAACCGUUGUUUAAAAAAUAUUGCUCUACAAGCAGAUGGUUUUGGCAUAUCAGAUAGAGCAGUUGCCGCGAUUGUAUCAGUAACUCUAGUUGAUUUUGGUAUAGAACAUAUGGGGCCAGUGGAUCGGAAUAAAAUUCGCAGAGAACAAAAACUACUGAGAACAUCUUGUAAAAAUGCUGAUUGCAGAAUUACUGGAUUGUAUUUUGAUGAAAGGAAAGAUCAGACUUUAAAACCUUUGGGGGAUAGGCAGACUGUGAUUUCUGAGAAACAUAUUUCCAUUUUAUCAGAGCCAAAUUCAAAGUAUGUUGAUCAUUGUACGCCAACAAGUGGAUCAGCCAAAUCCAUUGCAGAUUCAAUAAUUGAUACUGAUGACUGCACGAACCUUAUUUGUAUUGGUUCUGAUUCAACUAACGUUAAUACUGGUUUAAACAAUGGAGUUAUACGCAGAAUGGAAAUUGAACUUAGUCGACCACUGCACUGGUCCAUUUGUCUUUUACAUCUGAACGAGCAUUCUUUGCAACAUCUUUUUCACUCUUUAGAUGGUGCAACAACUGGACCCCAUUCAUUUAAUGGACCAAUUGGCAAGUCUAUUACAAUGUCUGUUCAGAAACCCAUAGUCAGCUUUGCUAUAAUUUUUGGUGAACCUAUUAUAUGCGAUAAGCAGUUGUUAAACAGUGAUCAACUGUACUUUUUCGAAAUUGUUAAUGCGGUGAAGACAGGUAUUGUACCAGAUAGAUUUAAUUCUAGAACACCUGGGCGACUAAACCAUGCAAGAUGGUUGACACUAGCGAACCGUGUUCUACGCCUCUGUAUAUCUAUGAUGAUACGUAUAGACAAUAAUUUAAAAAAAAAAAAAUAAUAAGAAGAAAAGUGUUUCUCUUCUUAUAAAAAUUAAAAAAGGGGGGGUGGUGG